AUGCCCCUGGGGGACGCCUUCCAUUUGCCACAGAUCCAGAUGAGGCGGGGGUCUGUUACUAAGCCACCACCCUCGAUCCUCGGGGGUUCAAAGGAAAACAGCCCAGAGGAGCAGCUUCGGACUCGGCUCCCUGCCCUCCGAUCAGCCGCGUAUCAGCGGCCUAUAGCCCACCAGAAGGACUCUUCCCCUGCUCUUGAAAAGAGCAGUCUGCGGCUGAGUGCAGGCCUCGGUGCAUCGGGCCACGGACCCUUCGCACUGCCGCUAUCGCCCUGUCUUUCUGCCGUAUGCUCUACUAACGCGGGGUCAACUGGAUCAUCCUAUGUAGCCACUCCUCUCCAACUAUCUCAGACAGGCAUGUGCGUAGGAAGCCCUAUAGUCGAAGGUUUAGCCGGAAUCCCCCCACGCGAAGUAGAGCCUAAGAUUGUUUCCAUGUUCAAGUACAAGGGCGGGGAGAUGACUAUUAUCAACCGCAUGAUACGAAUGUAUACGAGCCACAACUUAGGGAGCAUCUACGAGCUGCGAAGACUAAUACUUGGUGGUGAACGCCUUAGCUGA